AUGGACGACCUCCCAGCUGACUACGAUCCGUCAUUAGAGUGGUCUGGACCGGAAUAUACUUCCCAGCCUUCCCACUCCAAUCUCCUUCUGUUGCGCCUCGUUAUUCUUCGUACAUCUGUCUUGCCGCCAAAGCAGACACUCGUCAAUCCAGAUCGCCAUAUAGAGCUCCAGUUUGGCAGGGACGCGUCUCAUUCUAACGAUACGCCCCGUGUUAGGCUCAAGGAAAUGGCCGUCUCUAAACUGCACGCGACCAUCUACUGGAGCUCUGACGAUGAAGCAUGGUAUAUGGUCGAUAUGGGUUCUAUGCACGGCACUUUUCACCAAUCGGCUUCUGCUCAAGCGUCAGCUGCGAUUCGUCUGUCUCCCUCUCGAGUCGCAAGUAUGCCUCAAAAGCUGAAGCAUAUGGACGCAAUCGCGAUGGGCAGUACAACGUUCCUCGUUCAUAUUCACGAGCAAGAGCCAUGUGAGGACUGCUCUUCUACGCUCCAAAACGAAAUUCCCCUAUUUCAGAACCCAAAGCGCGUAGCGGCACGUCCUGGCUAUCUCCCAUCCUCUAAUGGCGAUUUGAAGUCAGCACUGUCAACCCUCAAACAACAGAUGCUCUCGUCCAGUAGUCCAGGACCCAGUCGGACGAAAUCAACAGAAUACAUCGACCGUUCAGCCAGGAGAAGAGCUUUACAUCCAACUUCACGCCUUGAUGCUCCUGGUAUAGAGCCGCCAGCCUCUCGUAUAGAAUUGACGCGACGAGCGGAGCAUGUAUCACCUAUAUCUGCAGUAAACUCUUGGGAACCUCCUCAGCUUAUAACUCAAUCUAAACCCCCUACUCCGCUUCCGACUACCAAUGUUGGGCAUAAGCUUUUAUUAGCUCAGGGAUGGACACCAGGGUCAUCAUUGGGUGCGGAGGAUGGUGAGGACAGUGAUGGACGAGUGCGGCUAAAGGCACCGCUCGAGAUUGCGUCGACAAGUGGCAGGGCGGGACUAGGAUCCAAGCGAAGUUGA